AUAAACUGUUAAUCUUACACUUCGGGAUUUCCUCCACACAUUUUUGACAACUUAUUUCAUAGGGAAGUUUUCUAAUUGUCGAAAAGGAUUUUAGAAAUUAAGGAAAUAUUUACAGAAUAUUAAGGAGUUUAUGGCAAUUACAAUGUAAUAUGUAUUGUCACCUUCAGAACAUGAGAACCCAAGAACAGCAAAGAACUCGGAACACUUAGUAAUUAAGAAAAAGAAUUCUUUGUACAAGAAGAUGUCUGCUAAAAGACCAAGAAGAAAGAAAAAUGUUAAUGAUUCCAUUACUCCUCCAAAGCCUGAUGAGGAAGACGUUUUAAGAGACACUUUAUAUACACAGGGUCUUGACAUGGAGUCAGUUUUGGGUUCUGCAGGAAAUUUUGAGUUGCCAGAAUCAUCACAAAAUUUACAAAUGGAUAAGACACAGACUGCUGGACAAGGUGCAAAUGGAGCUGGGUCCAAUCAUGCAGGUCGCAGCAAGGAGGAACUUGCAGAAUUAAUGAAGAAAUUAGGUGUUGGAGAAGGAGUAAGAAAUCCUAAUGGUAAUAUGGAAGAUGAUUCAUUUGAGGGGGAAACCGGACAAGGAAGAGGUUUGAGGGCAAUUGGAAGUGGACAAGGAGGAGGAAUGCGAGGAAAUUUCUCAGGGAUAAAUGAAAUUCCAGGAAUGGAUGGAGUGCAAAAUUUAACACCAGGAAUGAAUGGAAUGCAAGGAGGAUUUUCAGGAUUUGAAAAUAUGGGAAUACAGUCUCCAAGUGGAGGGCAGCAAGAGCAAACUGAAAUGUCACAAGAAGAAAUGCUUAUGUUUAAGGGCUUAGAAAAUUUAGGAGAAAAAGAUAAAGAAGCAGCCCUUUUAGCAAUGGGUGGACCAGAAUUACUCCAGCAGUAUCACCAAUCUAUUGGACCAGCUAUGCAGCAAAUGAGAAUGGAACCUGGAAGUGGAAUGAUGAUGGGAUCAGGAAGAGGAGUGAUGAUGGGAUCGGGAGUCAGUGGGUUAAAUGGAUCAGGAAAUAUACCAGUAGACGGAGGAAUGCUACAAAAUGGACAGAAGAGAGUGCCAGGAGGAGGUGGAAUGCUUGGAGGAAGAGGCAUGUCAUCUUAUCAAAACAGAAGAGGACAAGGGCAUGGUAGAGGGAAUCCAGGAAUUGGUGGUAGAGGGAUACCAGGAAUGAAUGGUGGAGGGAUACCAGGAAUGAAUGGUGGAGGGAUUCCAGGAAUUGGUGGUAGAGGGAUACCAGGAAUGAAUGGUGGAGGGAUACCAGGAAUGGGACGUGGAGGGAUUCCAGGAAUUGGUGGUAGAGGGAUUCCUGGCAUGGGCAAUGGGGGGAAUGGUGAAAUGAAUCAAGAAAAUGUGAUGCAGAUGCUUCAACAGUUUCAGAUGCUUGAGUCAAUGUCGGCUAAGGACAAAGAAGAAGCUCUCAUGCGAAUGGGAGGGCAAGAUUUUGUUCAGAUGUACAGUGAAAAAAUAGCACCCUUAAUGCAACAAAUGGGGAUGGGGCAAGGUGGUUCGCUAAAUUCCUUGGCAGGUGGAGGUAGUAUGGGGCAGGGUGCAGGAGGGAUUGAUCAAGGAGGUUUUCAAGGAAUGUUUGGAGCUGGGACUGCAGGUGGAGGUGGAGGAGGAACGUUUGGUCCAGGGGUUUCAGGAUUAGGUGGAAUGCUUGGUGGUGGGGGGAUGGGUGGUGGAUCAAAUACAGGAGACCUUUUUGGACAUGGAGGUCAGGGAAAUUUAGGAGGACUUUUUGGUUCGGGAGGAAGAGGAAGAGGGCAACCUAGUGGCCAGGGAACUCGCCAUAGACAAAUUGAUGCCAAAACCUUGGAAGGAUUGCAAAAUUUAAGUGAAGAGGACAAAAAAGCAGCAUUACAAGCUUUGGGAACUGACCCCGACAUACUUCAACAAAGCAAUUUAGGUACAAGCACUCAAGGAGACACUAACGAUGCCCCACAACAAAGGUAUAAGAACUAUGAACCUCCACCUGAGCCUUAUGACCCAACAGGCCCAGGAAUGUAUCAGUUCCACCGUAGGCAACCACUUCAACUACCUAUACAUAGCGGAGGUGCAGAAAGUCGCCGAAAAAUGGAUUGCAUGAUGCCGAUGAGUCGACGGAAGAGAAGAUUUGGUGAAAGGGUAAUAGUCAGAACUCAUGGUUCCAGCAUUGAUUUAGAAGGUUAUUACAAACAUCUGAUCGAUAAAUGGUCAAAAGAUGCUGUAGAAUGUAGUGACCCACUAUGCACAGGACCUAGUACAAUUCUUCUUCUAGAUGUGUCAGAAAGCAUGAGAGGAGAACCUAUCAGACAGGCUGUAGAAGCAGCUGAGGAAUAUAUUGAUGGUCUGGAGCAGAAUAAGACAGAUUAUGGUUUAGAGGAGAACUUGGGAUUAAUUGUAUUUCAUGGUGACACCUUUGAAGUUACACACCUUACAAGUGAUUACAGUAAAAUUAGGAAUGUUAUAAGCAAUUUGGAAGAUGUGGGAGGAUCCUCACCAUUGAUAAUGACACUUGCAGUUAUUCAGGGAAUGGCUGCUAGAGCUAAAGUUGUAAAGAUUGAAGAACAUGAAAUUUUAACAAGGGCUAUUAUUUUUUCUGACUGUAUUGUAACACCACCAGGCUUUGAUGCAACACAAGAAGAAUAUGUCAGAGAGAGAGUCCAAAAAAGUGUUGAUGCAAACUUCUUUGAAUGUUCACAAGAUCUGACACAUGAUUAUCAUGUAAGAUUGUUUGCAGUACCAACUGGGGAAAAAACAAGAGAGUGGUUUUGCAACAGAAUUGCCCAUGAUGGAUUUGGAGAGAAAGUUUUACCAGAGGAUGCCAGAUGGCUUUGCAGAAAUUAUAUUUGUGAGAGAAUUUUGGCAGAAUGUAAAAUUAAAGUAGCACCAUUAAACCCAGAUGACUCAGAAGAUGAACCAGACCAAGAUCGUAUAAAGGAAGUGGGAGAGUCCAUGUUUAGUGAUGUAAAUGAAGAUGAUAUUGAAUUUGUGAUUAAGAGGUUCAAGGAGAAACUGCAAAGGCCUGCUUUAACUAAGAGGCAGAGAAGGGAAAAGAGAUUACAAGACCAGAUAGAUAGAGCUGAAGCAAUAGAAAGGGGAGAGAACCCACCCCCACUUCCUGAAGAUCCAAAGAAGAAAAAUAAAGCAAGGAAGAGUGGAAGAAAAAGUCUAGAAGAAUUACUAGGUAUAGAUAGUGAUGAUGAUGAUGAGGAGGAAGAAGACGAUGAAGAAACAGAUUUGCUCUUUCGUCUUCCAGGGUUAUUGGGCGACGAAGAGGAUGCAGAGAAUGAUCCAUUGACAAAACAGAAAAUAGAAGAACUUUUAGAAUAUUAUGGUGGUGGUCCACCUAAAAUAGACAAUCUACCAAUUAUGCCAGAAUUUGGCACCAAAGUGAUAAAAGGACCUGAUUGGAUGUGGCAGAAGAAUGAUAUACCUGAUGGCAUAGAAGGGACAGUAGUCAGCAUUGAUCCAGAAGAUCUUGGUUGGAUAAAAGUGAGAUGGGAUUCAGUGCCAGGAGCAAAUGAGCCAGGGAAAGAAGAAGAUUAUAGAUAUGGUGUAGAUUAUGAAUUUGAUGUAAUGCCUGCUAAAGGUGGAAUGGAAGCUGUAGACUGGCCAGAAGGCAAAAAAAGAAUUGAAGUGGAACCAAUAUGGCUACAGGAGCUUAACAGGGAAAAGGAAGAAUUAGCUGAGCUCAGAGAAAGAAUCGAAGCAGAAAAAAAGAAAGAACAAAAACAAAAGGAUGAGAAGGAAAUGAAAAAACAAAAAGAGCCAAAGGAUAAAGAAAGAAAAUUACAGCUUUCUACGGAGACAUCCACUACUCAAACUUCUGAUGAUAAUAAUUGGUCAGAUCUUUCUUCAAUGACAUCAGAAGUAACACAAGAGGAACAAAUCUGUUUUGUAUGGCAGUAUCAAGAAAAUGACGGAACAUGGAAAACAUAUGAUACAGAUACACAGGCUAAGCUUGAACAGACCUACAUCAAAAGGAAUGGUAAAGGCACAGUGGUUAUUGAUUUUCAAGGUCAUAAUGAACGAGUUGUUUUUGAGAAAAUGGAACAGAGAAGAAUAGACAAACAUGACAGGAGACAAGUGAGGAGAAUAGAGGCUGAUGCAGAAAGACUGAAAGAGCUUCAGGAUAUGUUCUCAAGUUAAAACUGGUCUGAAACUGUGUGAUAAAGGACAAAUAUAAUCUCAUCCACUUUAUUUGUGCUUCAUUUAAUUUAAUUUUUGUAUUUAUUCUUUUAUUGUAUAUGUUAUUUUAUGAAGAAGAAGAAAAAAUAUGACAUUUAUGAACAAUGUUAUAGAUGAGUGUCUGGAUGGGAUUUAAUGAAUAAAGAAUAUUUUUUGGCAAUAAAAAAAGAAUGGAGAAAAAUGGGCCAAAAACCAAAGAAUAGAGAAUAAUGGGCAAAAUGGAUAAAGAACAAAGAAAAAUGGCCUGAAAAUACAAAAAUGAAGACCCCAUCUAGAUCCUCAUGGAUGGAUAGAUUUUAAAAUGGAAUUAAUCUAUACAAAUAUUUAUACUUGAUUCUUAUGCUUUUCGUUAAGCCAUAAAGGAGAUUUUUUCACAGUUACUUUGAAAGAAAAUUUAUGCAUGUUAUACUAACUUUGUCAAGAAAGCAAUAUCCUACAGUCAUGACAGUUAGAUAUUACUGACUGUUAUCAUAAAAUGUUGUCCUUUAAAAAUAUGGAACUAGUUACUCUGAAAAGGGUUAAUAAUUUUUCCCAAAAUUGAGCCUUCUGAAUUUGUAAUAUUUUUGCUGAGUUGCAGAAAGGUAGUAAGAUUCUGCUUUUUAAUUUGAUGAAUGGAGUCUGUACUUUCUGACCUUGAUAUUUUGGUUUCUAGACAAAAUUUUUGAGUUAAAACAACAUCCUUGCCAAACUAAGUUUGAUAAUUUCCAAUGGUGGGAAAAAGAUCUAUAUUGAUGAUCAAAAGGUAAAGGUGACAGCCUUAAAUUAUAGAUUGAUAUUGGUCUAGUUUUUUGGCUACAGGAUGAUAUUUUUUUAAUCUUAUGUCAAACUUUUGCAAACAGCUCAAAAAUGUCCCUUGGAAAGCCCAAGAUUCCAAAUGAUUAUUAUGUCAGUAGAUUAAAUAGACAAACUGGAAUUUGGUAAAGGUUCGUUUUCAGACAUAUCUUGUGUCAUCAAUCUUUUCAUUAUAAUGCAACUUGGGGGUGAAAAAGACCCGUAUUAAUUUGGGUUUUCAGAUAAUAUCUUUUGAACCAAACUUCCAAUCAUUACAAAUCUUAGUUUGAUAAUGUCCCUAAAGAAGACCUUAUUGAGUUUUAAGAAACUUUGAAAAAAGGUCAAGGUCAAUGCAGUAAUUAAUAGAUGAACUUUGCUUUCUGGAUGACAUUCAUCCUACCUGCUCCAAACCUUGCUUUAAAUUUCCCAUUGGAAAACAAACAUAUGCCUUAUUGGUUUAGAGGUUUAUGUCAUAAGUCAAAUGCCACAGUGUCUACGAACAGACUAUGAAUUGAGGUUAAAGGUUAAGAUCAGAGCAGCAGUUGAUUGACUGAAAUUUGAGCAAGUUUUGGGUUUUCUGAUAUCAUCUGUCAAACCAAACAUUCAUUCAAUCAUUACUAAAGUUAGUUUGAUAAUGCCCAUUAGGAAGAAAAGAAUUAUGGGAAAACUUUAUUAUCUAGACCUACUGUGGAUUCAUUUAUUUUAGUGGAUUGAGGAAAAACUGUAUAUUCAUGGAUUUGCUAAAGUCUGCAUGCAAGCCUAUAAAAUAAAAAAUGAUACUUUGUUGAACAUUUUAAUUGGUGAUUUACCUAUACUCACUAAACUUUGGUACCCCACAAACAAAAAUAAAUUAACAGUUAUCUUUUUAUCCAGAAAUUUCAUCUUUUCCUUGACAGUCUUCAUUACCAAAACCAAACAACCAUUACCUGACUAAAAACAAAUGUUUCUUGUAUUACAAAUCAUUUUAUUUAAUCACUUUUUAUGCCCCCGCUGUAGCGGAGGGGGCAUUAAGUUUUACCCUUGUCCGUACGUCCCAAAGUUGGUUUCCGUUCUCCAACUUUAGUUUGCCUCAACCAAAUGUUAUGAAAUUUAUACACAGUGCUUAUUACCACAAAACACAGAUCAAGUUUCAAUUUUGGUGGCAUCACUUUUACCUUUCUAGAGUUAUGCUUCUUUACAAAUGGAAAAAUUGCUGAAUUUUUCAUUUCUGUUCUCUCACUUUAGUUUGCCUCAACCAAAUGUUGUGAAACUUAUACACAAUGCUUAUUACCACAAAACACAGAUCAAGUUUCAAUUUUGGUGGCGUCACUUUUACCAUUCUAGAGUUAUGCCCCUUUACAAAUGGAAAAAUUCCUGAAAUAUUUGUUUCUGUUCUCUAACUUUAGUUUGCCUCAACCAAAUGUUAUGAAACUUAUGCACAAUGCUUAUUACCACUAAACACAGAUCAAGUACAAAUUUGGGUAGCGUCACUUUUACAGUUCUCGAGUUAUAUCCCUUUAUAAUGUUAUAUGCAAGUGGGGGCAUCAUCUGUGUCCCAUUGAUACAUUCCACAUUUAUUCUUUUUUAGCUUUUCCUAUUUUUGAUUUUGAGAUUUCUCUUUCAGCUAUUCACUUUCAACAUUUUAAUAUUCAUGUUGGAAUUUUCUUUUUCUCUUAUUUUACUUCCAAAAAAUGUAAACAUUUAACUUUAACUCUAAUAACACAAAGUGUUUCUUGAAGUACAGCUCUGACUUGAACUCUAGCUCAAACUCAAAAUUUAAACAUAUUUUGGUUACUGAUGAUGUGGAUAAAUUGAAGUAAUAGGGCCAUAUGAUAGAAUAUUGCAGGAUAACUUUUCCUAAGUUAACAUUCUGGGGGAAAUAUAAUGUUGCUAUUCAAUAAAAUAUGAUAUUUUGAUGUUUAUUUUAUAUAUCUUUUUAUUUUUUAAACACUAAAUUUGUAGAAUUAAAACUUUUUUUACUUGCUUAA